UCCCUGGCCGGGGGGCUGCGACGACCCCCUGCGCGCUCCGCUCCGCUCCGGGCCUCCCUCCCCCUCUUGGAUUACAAAUCCGCCCCGAAUGACCCAACGGGACCGCGGCCAUGGGGAAACUCCAGUCCAAGCCCGGACAGCAGCGGCGGCCAUCAGGAGGAGAGAGAAUCCCGAAGGGGACAGCUUCGUGGCCAACUCCUACAGCAGCAGCCGGAAAGGCUUGGAAGAGGGAGACAGAUUCAGCGGCCUGGAGCAUAAAGCCAAGGACAGGCAGGAGCUACUGAAUGGAGAGCUGAAAGAAGGACAUUUUCGGGAAGACCAAUGCCCCCUGGAGGUGAUCCUUCCUCCUGAAAAAGAAGCAUGUGAGGGCUACUUGCAAUCCCUGAAUGCAGAAGAAGGAGAAAAAUUAGGAAAUAAGGAUGCCAGUCGAGGAACAGGGAAGAAGCGGUUAAACAUUGAGGAACUCCAGUGUGAUGUGUCGGUGGAAGAUGACAACCGUCAAGAAUGGACCUUUACGCUCUAUGACUUUGACAACAGUGGAAAAGUAACCAAAGAGGAUAUGUCCAGUUUAAUGCACACCAUUUACGAAGUUGUGGAUGCUUCGGUGAACCAUUCCUCUCACAACAGUAAGACGCUCAGAGUGAAGCUGACGGUCAGCCCGGAGCCUUCUGGGAAAAGGAAGGGUGGUCUCGGCCCCAGCCAAGAUCGGGAAACGAGUCGCUGUAAAACCGAAGGGGAGCACGCUGAAGAGAUGAGGACGGCAGACAAAAGGCUGUCUGCCCACGUCAGAAGGCCGAACCCCGACCACCACCACUACGGCGUGCGGGAGCAGUACUGUGUGGACGAAAACACUGAGCGGAGGAACCAUUACCUCGACCUUGCUGGAAUUGAGAACUACACUUCCAAAUUCGGGCCAGGUUCCCCUCCGACACAGCCCAAGCAGGACCACCACGGGAAGGGCAGCCACGCCCAGAGCCACCCUCGCCCGCCGGAGGCAGACGCCCACCCCGGUCACCACAGGAGGUCCCAGGUGCUGGCCGAGUACCCGGGGCCGCCGGCCGAGCCCCCCGCCCGGGCGUGGGAGGGGCCGCAGCGGCUGAGGGGCCAGGAGAGGCCGUUCCUCAAGUCGCCCAAGGGCUCCGGGAAAAACCCGGCCUCGGCGGGCGGAAACGGCGGGCCGAAGUCGGCCAAAGCGUCUAGCUACUACGGGCCCGGGCCGCCCGUCCAAGCAGGGCCGGACGGGUACCACCUCCAGCAGCAGCCGUACAGCCACAAGAAAUCCCGGCAGAAGGCCAAAGACGCCCACUCCCCGCUCAGAGCCACUCACGCCCAGCCCGCCGUCUUGGAGCACGAGGUCACGCGAGACCUCCCCCCGGUGCUGACCAACGAGGGCUACGUCAUUCCCGUGAUCCAGAGACAUGAGCACCACCACCACCACGAACAUCACCAUCACCACCACUACCACCACUAUCACCAGUCCUGAGGAAGAGGGACGAGGCUGCUUAAAUCCUUUGGGACGGGCGGAGCCGGGGAAUUCGAGGAUUACGGUGUCGCGGAUCCCUUCUCCGGAAGGCGGUGUUGGAAAGCGCCGAACCGAUGCCUGUUUUUCACUUAACAACAACAACAAAAUUCAGAUUUACAUAAGGAUAUCCUUUCUUUUAUAUACAAUGUUCAGCUCUAGAUCUCAGGUGUACGAGCAGUUUGGAAGCUGCGCCCAGAUACUCUCCAGAGAAAUCCUUGUUUUUUUUAAUACUGUAAAAACUAACUAUGUUUUUAAUGAACAUGUUUGAUGCCACUGCUGUUUUUCAGUUAUAAUGCUGUUUUAUGUAAUCCAUAAAAAUCAUAUAUAUUUGUAGAGAAAAAAAAAUUUAUACCUGCUUCUGUUUAUAAUUCCAAAGAGAGGCCUUCUUUUUUGGUAAAAUAAUCUCGGUCCCGAUGUUCUUCAGCUAUUUUUCUCACGGCUUUGGGGUUUCCUAUUGGUGCUCACACAAUUUUUUUUUUUUGUACAAGUCAGUAGUUAUCCUAUAGAUUGCGAGUGAAUGUAACACGUUGUAACCUUUGAAAAUAAUUUAUUCAUUAUUAAAUUCCAACGCCGAUGGUUUUACUUACA